ACACUCAGCCUUCUGCAGACAGCAGGGCCAUAUCCUCUGGGGCACCUUUACAGAGCUCGCUGGGGCCCUUGGACUGGCUGGCAUCACAGAGGAAGUAGUGUGGCCCCAUUCCCCAGGCCCAUUUUCUUUCCAGCACCUCCUGUGUUUCUCCACAGAGCCAGUGGCUCAGCCCUUUGUCCAGGCCAACAAUGCCAUAGUCACAGAACAUAAGGACUCUGUGGUCCUGACCUGCUCCACAAAUAAUCCUGUCUCCAUCCAGUGGUUCUUUAAUGGCCAGAGUCUAAAGUUCGUGGAAAGAAUGGUUCUCUCUCAGGACAACAGCACCCUCACCAUAGACCUUGUCAGGAGGGAGGAUGCUGGGAAUUACCAGUGUGAGGUCUCCAACCUGGUUAAUUAUAGCAAAAGUGACCCCAUCAGGCUGGAUGUGAGCUGUGAAAGCACCACAGGUCUCCCUGUGGGGUCCAUCGUUGGCAUCACAGUCAUGGUCCUGGUCGGACUGGCACUAUAAUUCCACCCUGGAGUGUCUCCUGCUCCACACAGUUUUUUCAGAGUUCCACAGAAUUUUUAAGAAAGAUCAUCUCAAAAUCAUACAAAUUCAUGUGUAGAAUAGAGAGGAAAUAUCCCCCCAACUCAUUCCAAGGUUAGCAUAACCUUUAUAUUGAAAUAGGAAUAACAACAAAAGUACUAAAAGAGGAAAUAUCAGGCCAAUCAUAUUCAUGAACAGAGAGGCAAAAAUGCUAAACAAGGUAUUCUCAAACCAAAUCCAACAGUAUAUAGAAUCAGACAGUACACUGUGACUAAGUUCUGAUUGUCCCAGCAAAGCAAAGGUGAUUCAACGUUAGAAAUUUAUAAAUGGGGGGCACCUGGGUGGCUCAGUCGGUUAAGGAGCCGGCUCUUGCUUUCGGCUCAGGUCAUGAUUUCAGGGUCCUGGGAUUGAUCCCCAUGUCGGGCCCGAGCUCAGAGGGGAGUCUGCCUGAGGAUUUCUCUCCCUCUCCCUCUCCCACUGCCCCUCCCCUCUGUCAAAUAAAUAAAUAAAUCUUUAACCAAAAGAAAUUUAUACAUGGAAGAGGGCAACCUACAAGUGUAGGGUGCCAGCAAUGUUCUGUUUCCUGAUCUAGCUGCCAAAUACACGGGUGUGUUCAAUUUUUGAAAAUUCAGUAAGCAAAACACUUCAUUCCAUAACAGUCCCCCUACUGUCUCAAUUUGUUUCGUGAUAUGGACUCUUCGAAAAGACCAGAGCAGACAUGUUGUCUUGUAGAACAACCACACUCUUCCUUUGUUUCCUAUGGUGUCAUUUCACUUGCUUCUCUAAACCCUGUAUUUCCUACAGAUUGGAAAGCGAAUCUCAAAGCUUAAAUCGAUUCAGGUUAUAUUUUUUGUGGCAAGAAUGCUUCCUGGGUUGUAUAUGCGUCAUAUCAAGAGGAACGCCCUAAUUGGUUGUCUAGACCUUAUGCCAGUGUAACUAUUUUGGUGACAUAAAAAUUGAUCAGUGGGCAA